AUGUCACUUCGGAACUUGUUUGGCACGUUGAGGCGCUCCAGAGAGAAAAGGCAGGACAACGAUGAGACCUUCAAAGAAGCGCGGAAGGAGAUUCUACAUAACCUUCGAGAAGUGCACCGGUCUGUCAAGCUCUUGCCGUUGACCAGUCUCACCAACGACCAGGCUGCCGAAUACAACAUCAGGUGCCAUGACCUCAGGUUGCGCACCGACGGUGGCUCCUCGGCUACUGCACAGACUUAUUUCAAGCCUUGGACCUUGGAUAAGCUCGAGCAGUUUCCCCUUGAUCUUGACGACCCGGAUACUAAAAAAUCCAUCCGAACCAAUGAGGCGUGCUUCGCGGACCUCGAUGAAGAGAGGUCGCGUGAAUCGACCGGCGAGCUUGAUCCGGAACGUGACGACUCUGGGCUUCUCCUGUCCAGUGUGUUCAUCUGCGAAUUUACAUGGCACGCAAGGAGAAACACUGGGGACGAAGCUACGCUCGAUGAUCUAUCAGGCUGGUUCGGAAGGUACUUCAAUAAUACCAUAAUCAAGGAACGUUAUAUGAAUAUGGCUAUGUUCACAGACCCUGGUAGUGAUCCUCUGGCCUCACCACCUCUCAGAUUUGAAGAUGCUUGGUAUCCGAAUCUGCCCGAGGGCCAGGAGCUUCCUCACAUAAACCUGAUCGUGACUCAUGAGGGAGUGUGCGAUAAUAACAUCCUCCGUUCCGAACUUCUUGUUCUAGUCGGCGUCAUGAGGACCCGGCUUGGGAGGGUAGAGCUGCAAGACCACGUUGUGGCUCCGGUUCUCUUGACAUCAUGCACAAACAAUCUGAAGGCGAGAAUUCUGAUCGCUUACUUCGAUGGCAAAGAGUUGGUUGUGCUGAAGACUCGUCUCCACGACUUCUAUACUCCGGGCGCGAGGCAGACGAACUUCCGGCUUUUCCUGUUAUAUAUGUGCAGUCAGGCUGUGGGAGACACCAAGGCUCUAUUAAGACCGAUGGUCAAGGAGGAGCACGCUACUGAUUAG